AUGUCAUCUACACCCCCUUCCGGUGCCCAGCAGCAAGCCCUGCGAGACAGUGGCCGACUAAUUGAAGAACAAGCCGAACAAGCCCAGGAACAAGCCGAGAAAAUUCAGGGAGACACCGAACAGGACCAGAACCUGGCCCACACCAUGAACGCCUUGACCGAGCAGAAGAGAGAGCUGGCUGAGACGCUCAAGCAGAAGGAUGAGAUGCUCAAGCAACAGGCUGAGACGCACAAACAGCUGAAGGAGACCACCAAGCAACUGAUCGAGGUCAACAAGCAACUGAUCGAGGUCAGCAAUCAGCUGAAGGAGGCGAACAAGCCGCUGGAGGUUACCAAGCUGCUGCAGGCGAAGAACAAGCAGCUAGAGGCGGAGAACAAAAGGCUAGCCGAUCGAGUAGCAGCUCUAAGCGUAAUGGUCUAG